GGCGGGGCGCUUCUCCCCUCUGCUGGUCCCCCGGCUUGGGCCAGCGGCUUGGUGGCGCGCCCGGGUCCCCCGACGGCGCUUGGUGGAGGGGGGGAGCCAGCGGAGCGAUGCGCCCGGCCGGGGCGCUCCUGGGGGGGCUGCUCCUGCUCUGGGGGGGCCUCCUGUGGAGGCAGGUGCGCGGCCUCCGCCACAGCGUCUACUGGAACGGCAGCAACCCCAGGUUCAUCACCGAGGACUAUGCCGUUCAAGUCUCCAUCAACGAUUACCUGGAUAUUUACUGCCCGCAUUACGAGCAGCCCUUGGCCGCCGGGUCCCCCGAGUCCUUCACUCUUUUCAUGCUGGACGCCGAAGGUUACCAGGGCUGCUACGAAACCCCCAAAGCCUUCAAACGCUGGGAGUGCAACCGCCCCUACGCUCCCUAUGGACCCGUCCGGUUCUCGGAGAAGAUCCAGCGGUUCACUCCCUUCUCGCUGGGUUUCGAGUUCCAUCCUGGACGUGACUACUACUAUAUUUGUGAGUCGAUUAGAGGAAUAGCUGGAGGCCAACGGUUUCAUCCCGAGUAGAGUUACGCACUUCUG